CCACUACUGUCAGAGCUGCUGUUACUGAACAUUAAUCCAUAACUUCUGACAAAUCAGAAUCAAGCAUUUGAUGCUGAGCUGUACAGUAAGUUUGAGAUAUAGAUAUUAUAAAUAUAACAAAUGUUUAAAUCCUGUGAAGCCACAUAUAAUGUAGUUACAUUUAUAUGUGACAUUUUUUCUUCUUGCCUUUGUAACAUAUCUGCCAAUGUUCAAGCUCAUGUUCAUUUUUGGUCCUGUUCCAGAGAUUAAACUUGCACAUCAUUUAUAAUUUGGAUUAAAUGGACUUAGCACAAGGUUGAAAGUUGUCGUUUCUUCAACAGAGUUUGAUCAAUCUUGUUUAUAUAAAAUUUCUGUGUUAUACCCCUAAAAGGCAUUAUUAUAUGCUUUAUUGUGCGAAGAAGUCUGAUCCCCUGAUAAACAGGCUGUGAUGUCAGAGCAGGAGUAAAUUUGGGAAACUUUCUUCACAGUCAGAGCUCAGGGGAAAGGAAGAUUUAGAGAGAAAGAGAGAGUGGGAGGAAAGAAACAGAGAGAGCAAGACCCCAAACUCUGCACACAUUCAGACCUGGUGAAAGACUCGACAAGUGCUUAGAUUGUUGGAUCAGACCAAAAUCUUGUAGAUGACCAGCACUGAAAGACCAACAAUGAAAAAACUAGAGCCCUGAUUUACGAAUGACGUGGCUUAAAUUGUUAAAAGAAGGUUUUUAAGAGAAAGUGGGAGGUUGUCAGUUCGGGACUGGUCUGGAUUUUAACCGCAUUAAAUCCUGAACUCUUCUCCAGCACAUGGUCUGUGUGCAAGGUGUUCAGUGAAUACUGGAUACAAUGACUUUUAAUAAGAAACCCUCAGUGACUGCCCAGCUUGGUUAAAAAAAAAGAAAGAAACCUCAUCGGAGACGCACUGGACCAAGAUCCAAAAGUCAUGGAGACCCUCCUCAGAGAGUUUUUCAACAUCACUCCUGAUCCUCCGGUCAACAUCUCUCACCGCCACUGGGGGGUGCCUUACUUGAAGAGAUUAGCGCAUCUGGACGAGGCCCUCUACGAGGACUUCUAUGGUCUAUGGAUCACCCUCAUGGUGGUCAACAGCAUCAUGUUUUUGGUGGGGCUCGUGCUAAACAGCUUGGCUCUCUACGUUUUCUGUGUGGGAACAAGGUCUCGCACUGCACCUCUCAUCUACACCAUUAACUUAGCCGUAGCUGACCUCCUGGUGGCGCUGUCUCUCCCAGCGAGGAUUGCUCUGUAUUACAGUGGGGGAGGCUGUGUGGCCUGUUCAUAUGUGCAUACCUUUAGCUAUUUUGUUAACAUGUACUGCAGCAUCUUGUUCCUCACCAGCAUCUGCGUAGACCGUUACAUGGCAGUGGUUUGGGCUGCGGGCACAGCAGACCGCUGCAGAAGCCCUGGUGUGGCUAAAGGAGUUAGUGCAGGGGUGUGGCUCUUUGCUGUGGUGGUCACCUACUCAUUCCAGACCACAGCUUUGGAAUUUGCUGAAUCGUCUUGCUGCCACCUGCCUGUGCUGUUCGCUGUUACUGUGCUGGAGUUUGUGAUCCCCCUGCUGGUCAUCGUGACUUUUACAGCACGAGUUGCCUGUGCUCUGGCCAACGACCGUCUCAUGGCACAGAGCCGGGGUCGAAGGGCGAGAGCUGUGCGUCUGUUACUUGCUGUGCUUAUUGUCUUCGUCGUCUGCUUCACGCCCUUCCAUGUGCGUGAGGCCCUUGUGUACUUCCGCCUAGGAGGAGGCAGAGAACAGCAUGUGGUUGCCUAUCACACCACUGUGACCCUCAGUAGCCUAAACAGCUGCCUAGACCCUGUGGUCUACUGCUUUGUACCCGAUAACUUCCGCUCCGCCCUGCGCCGCGCUUACAGGAGGAGAGAGCCUCAGCAUUCCAGUGCAGCGGAGGUGACCGGCCCUCGCCAAAGCUCCAAAGGGUCCAGCACCGCCAUGGCUGUUGUUUACAGCGUAGCCACUCUCACACUCAGUCCCUGUACCCUGCCUCCUACAGAGCUGCCUGCAUGACAGAGAAAAAAGAAAAGAAGAGGAAGAGCAGGAGGAACAGGUCAAAAAAUCUCUUGAUAUACACUAAAACUGUGUCAGAAGUCGAAACUUGGAUUAUUUCUUGCUCUUUACUGGACAGGAACUAAGGAUCAAAACCCACUUUGCCUUUUCCUGCCCAAGCAGGAAAGAUUUAUCAUUACACAGGACUGUAGCCCCCCACGGCUGUGUGUAUAAUUCAAGCCAAAGUAAUGGUUGUACAUACAGGCCAGUUCUUUGCUUAAAAAAAAAAAAAGUGUCCAAUUCUGCUGGACGACAAGACCGUCAAAGAAUACUUCAUGUCCCUGAUUGACUGAGUGACUUGUCCCUGAUGUUGUGCGUACAUCUGUCCAACAUUGGUCCACCUCAACAUGCAACUUGUUUGCAACAUUAACACAGUGUCCUUUUUUUUACUCAUUGUUAAUGCAUGUUCUUAAGAUUUUGUGUCCUUCUUGCUUAGUCAAGUCAGAAUAUUUAUUCACUUGUGUACUAUCUGGCUAAACAAUCCCUGGAAAACAGCGUGCUUUGCCCAAUUUAUUAUGGGAGAAAGGACCUGAAUGGUUACAGUAUGGAAAUAAAAAUACAUUGCCCAAAGAUCACUACAAGGAGGUAGUAUACAAAGGUGCUAACAUCAUGGUUUAGCUAUAGCAUUUCCGAUUUUUGAUAUCUUUCUACACCGAUUUGGGAGCCAUUUCAGUGAUGGGGAAAAGGAUGCAGGCUGUGAAAGACACAUUUACUUCUGGUACCUCAGUGAAUAUUAACCUGUGAAUUUCUCAACUGUGGUCUCUAGUCAGUAAAAGUGCAGAGUAGGAUGUGCUGUUUGUUAUUUAUCCUGUUAGUACAGAGCUAUCUCGUCCACCAACAUACGCUAGGGGUUUUGUGGUAAAAUUCUGUUUUUUCUCUCUGCCUGCUAGGAUUUUCUUGUUAGCAAUAUCUUAUGUAGAGGAAACACCUGAUCAAAAAAUGAUCACUAGUGCUAUAAAGUGUUCACCCUACUGUAAGGAUAUCUUUGCAGUAGCCAUCUGUGGCUGAGAUAGCAUAGUUAGCCCCGUUGUUUGGGUGGGAAGGAUAGCUUUUCUCACCUGUUGAUCAGAGCAAAGCUAGACAUCUGUGGGCAUCAGUAAACCCAUGUAUACAGUCAGUUGCCUUGUCACAUUAAAUCUAAAAGAUGUGCUGAGUUCGUGUAUCUUGAAGGAAAUAUAAAAUAUGUUAGCCUUCACUUUCCCCUACAAUGCAAAAUUAGCCUUUAGCAAGUGAAAAGAUAUUGAACUUAGGGAAGUGUAUGUAAUAUUUCCUGUUAUGAACUUAUAGAACAAAUUUUUGAUUAUUCCAUAUUUCUAGAUAUUUGUACUAAUUUCAAGGAUGAAAUUAUCUUAUUGGCAGAUAAUUUUGCAAAUUUAAAGGAAUUAUUUUAAGCAAACUGAUCUGAUCUACUUACUCAAGCCAACAUUAUUUGUUUUGAAGUAAACCCAAGCUUCAGUGUGCUCAGUCAAGAUAUUUUCUCUUGCUAAGAUAUCUUUUUUUUUUUUGCAUGAUACAUUUGACCUUACAAUAACCCUUAAGUGUCUAAACUCAGCUAUAUUUGUCCUGGAAUAGUUUGCUGUUUGGAUUUUUAAGUCAAAUAUGUUCAGCUAAACUCAUCUUGUUUCUAUUAGAAGAUGUUCUUCACAUCUCUUACUGAAUGUUUAAGGCAAAGACACACUUAGACCUACUGUAUACCUUACACGGAAUUCAUUUCCUAAUCGCUUCUUUUCUGCGUCACUUGAUUUAAUGGACCAAGCAGUGUUUAUGUCUGUAAGGAGUGAAGACGGAAAAAUCAAACCUCUCAACAUUCUCCAUCAGGUGGCUUUUAGAUGAAGCCAUUUCCUGACCUAGCCUCUCACAGGCCUGGCAGUAAAACACUUAAAUCCCCAAUGUUAUUUGUUUUAAAUUAUUGUCCCAUUACAGCUAAUAGAAAACAGCCUGCCACCCACAGAACUGUUUGGAUUCUCUUUAGCUUAUUCUGGAGAUUCAAUAGAAAAGCCAUUAAACUUUGCUCUAACUUUAAUGGAGUUCUUAGAGCAUGAGAGUUUCAACCUCACACAUUAGACCUCACAGCGAUAAUUCAAUCAAAUAAUGCUGACUUUGACUUUCAUUUUCUCUGUAUUUGAGAUUGCAGAAUUUCUCAGUACUGAGAUAAUUUAUCAAACAUAUAAACAAAACAAUUUUCCAUAUGCAAUAAGUAUUUAGCUUUGCAGAACAGGGCACAUUUGCUAUCAAUGAAAUGUAAUACUUGUUACAGCUUUGGCUUUUAAUUCUUUCUCCACAAGAGGGCAGUGCAAGAUAACCUCUGGGACAAACCAGCCCAGGACAUUAAAUGAGGACUUAAGGGACAAAACAUAGUCAGUAUUAAAAGUUGCAUGGUCUAUAAUGCUGUAAAAAGAUGCAGUAUUUCCUGCCAGAUUAAACAAUACAUUGGAUACCACUUCCCAAACAAACAGAUCAGUAAAUACAUAUUAUUUACUUGAAACGCAUUGCAUUUUGAAAAAUUUGAACAAAAUGUGAUGACUGUUUUUAAUGAAUAAAUGUUUUAUGCUGAUUUUUUUCAUACUGAUUCUUCAGUAACCAGACACACACGCACACACACACACACACACACAUGCCCACAAGUCUGGAUUAAGUCUGCGUCCCCUGGAUGAAACCCAUAUGGACACAUUAAUACUACAACAUA